UGUCGGCUUGGGUUGUUGUUUCCUAUCCGCCAUUUUCCAGUCGCCAUUGAAAGGUGAAAACUUCACUAAAUGUCGGUGAUGAUUUUAAGAUUUUGAGUGGUUUCUUUAAGAUUGAACCCGUUAUUAGUGUUGUGAAAUGAAAAUGAAGUGCCCCGGACUACCAUGACGCAUCAAAAUCACCAAACAAACGGUGCAAGUCUCGAGGAUUGCCACACGAACUUCUUCGCCUUGACGGAGCUCUAUGGCAUAAAAUGGCGUAAGCUCGUAUGGGGGGAGACGAAUGGCGGCGGCGACGGGGAGGAAGGUGGCGCGCCGCUGGCUGACCCAGUGAUCAGCAGCUAUGCGCGCUGCCUAGCUGGCGAUAUCCUAUGCGUGUGGCGGCGGGUGCCGGCGCCGCCACCGCCCGACAAUAUCUAUGAGAUAAGCACGCCCGUCCCGCCGCCUCUCUCCCUCCGAGCUGCUAAAGAGCUAUGGAUAUUCUGGUACGGCGAGGAACCUGACCUCAAUGGUCUCGUUGCACCAGAAUUGAUAACAAGCCAAGGUGACCAGGGAUCGUGGGAGAGUGGGCUCUCGUACGAAUGCCGUUCGCUGCUGUUCAAGGCUCUUCAUAACCUUAUUGAAAGAUGUCUACUGUCGCGGGACUUCGUGAGGCUUGGGAAAUGGUUCGUCCAACCUUACGACGGCGACGAAGAAGAAGUCGGCAAGAGUCCAUGGCACCUGUCGUUCUCGUUCGCGUUCUUCCUGCACGGCGAGAGCACGGUGUGCGCGUCCGUGGACGUGCGCCAACACCCGCCCGUCAGGACGCUCACCGCCAAGCGACUCGCCAAGAUCAACUCGCCCGACAACCAGGCUGAUGCCAAAGUGAUCCUGGCCCCGUUCGGUCUGGAGGGCACGUUGACGGGGCGCGAGUGGAGUGACGCGGACGCGGGCACGGCGCGACUGCUCGACGCCUGGCGACAGCUAUACCCGCUGGAGCAGGGCUGCGGCGCUGUCGAGGUGGUGUGCGGCGGCGCCCGCAUGCGGUACCCGUGGCCGUACGUGCUGGUGACGCACAUGGAGGCGGCGCCGGCCGCGCGCCCGUCCGCCGCGCCCGCGCGCACGCUCGCCGCGCUCACCACGCCCGCGCCGCACAAGGCUCCCGAGAUCUGCUACGGUGAGGCUGCGGGCGACAAGACGGAAGACUUCAUUGAUCCCACCAGAAAAACUCCUUGUACCUGUGCGAAGGGCCCGGGCGCGGCGUGUUCCCCGGCCAGUUGUGGCGGAGGCUCCCCUGCCCCGGGCGGCUCCGCCCCGCCCUCCGCUGGAGCACCACCACCCUCGCCACAUCACCAGCCCUUGCCUAAUCAUCAGUCAACGGGCAUAGUACCAACAACGCUGCAUACGCCUGCGCCGACGCCCGACCCGCAUGCUCCACCUACUCCCGCGCCGCCAUCGUUACCCCCGCCCAAAACUUAUACACAGGCGGGCCCGGAGGGCGCGUGGCGGCGGCCGGUGCUGGCGGCGGGCGCGGCGCGCGCCGACCCCGCGGAGGACGAGCACGCGCUGCACAUGCUCUACGACUACACCACCGUGCACGCCUGGUUGGAGCACCCAGUGAAGCGGUUCAAGUCGUCACAGAAUAGUUUCCGCGAGGAGAUGGCGCUGGGCGCGGGCGCGGCCGGAGACCUCUACGCGGGACACGAUCACACCAAGAUGGCCGCCAUGAGGGACUCGCAACAAGAUCUCAAGCAAGAGAAACUCGAUCAUAACGAGGACACGAAAGAGUACAAGAAUCUAUUCACGUCUGACGGCUUGUGUCCGACGCUGAAGGACCUGGAGCAAAUAUUCGACAACUCGGAUGACGCGGCCAGCGGAGAUGAGACGGUAAGACUUCUGCAGGUGGCGACGCCCCCCGAGGCCAAGUGCGGCGAGGAGUCCCGCUGCGGGCGCGGCUGCCCGCGCGCCGAGGAGCUCAGCAAGAUGUUCCCCACGCCGCCCAGCAUGGAGGCGCACGCGCAGGCCUCGCCCGGCUUCUCGCUGCCCGACGACGCCACGCCGCUGCGCGCCGGCUCGCCGCCGCCCGACCAGGCCAUCGAGGACUGGUCCUACGUCUUCAAGCCGCCCACGCUCUACAAGUACGUGGGCUCCUCCAAGUACGCGCCGCUCACCACGCUGCCCAGCCAGCUCCUGCCGCCCGUCACGCUCCCGCCGCACGCCGUGUACCGGCCGCGCUACCAGGACCACGACCACGACCAGCCCAAGCCCAGGGACGAGGCCGACCCUGACACCGCGCGGCCGCAAACUGGGGUCAAGCGGUCCGCGCCGCCUACUCCGGAGAGUCGAGACGCGCGACCUCGCCGGCCUUGCGAUACUGCGCCGUCUAGCGCUGGCCCCGGAGCGCGUACUGGCACGACGACGACGUCGACGUCGUGCGUGGCAGUGUCCCGCGCGGGCCGGCGCGGGCCGGAGUCGGCCCCGGCAGCCCCGCACGCUGCGUGCCCACUGAUGCUGAACGUGUUGCUGGCCGACACCGUGCUCAACGUCUUCCGAGACCACAAUUUCGACAGCUGCACGCUCUGCGUCUGUAAUGCUGGACCCAAGGUGGUAGGCAACAUCCGCGGCGCGGACGCAGCGACGUACCUGUCGGGCUGCACGGGUAUGGGCGGGGGCGGGCCCGGGGGCGCGGGGGGCACGUCCCCUGCCUCCGCGGACGAGGAGCCCUCGCACUGCACCUGCGGGUUUAGCGCCAUACUCAACCGACGACGGGCCCACCGCGCCGGACUCUUCUACGAGGAUGAGAUGGAGAUCACGGGUCUGGCGGAGGAGCCUGGCGAAGGUGGGCAGGGCGCGGGGCUGGGCGAGGUGGCGCGGGUGGUGCUGGCCCAGAGCGCGGCCCCGGCCGGCGGCCCGGCCUCCGCCCUGGCGCGCGCCGCCACCGCCGCCGCCUCGCAUCCCCCCGCCGACGAGCUACGGCUCAACCUGCUCGAGUACGUAUACACACCAGCUUUCGGCGCGGGCGGCGGCGCGGGCGGCGCGGCCGACGUGCGCGCGCUGGCCUUCAGCGUCUUCAGCGGGGCGCGCCGUCUGCUGCAGCACCACGCCAACGGGAAGUCGCUCACGGGCUUCGGCACCGCCGCCGACGCCAACCUCUUCCUGCAAGGCAAAGACGAAAAAAAUCGCGAGCCAUACAAGUUAUUCUCCCCGGCGUGGGUAUUGGCGGCGCCGCGCGCGCUGAAGGAGGUGGCGGAGACAUGGGGCCAGGGCGGCGGCGAGCAGGGCGGGGUGCUGUUCCUGGCGUACUGCCUGAGCCACGACCAGCGCUGGCUGCUGGCCGCGGCCACGGACGCGCGCGGCGAGCUGCUCGACACCGCCGCCAUCAACAUACACGUGCCGCACAGGUCACGUCGACGGCGGAGUGGUCCGGCGCGGCGGCUGGGGCUGACCAAGCUGAUGGACUUCACGCUCGGAGUCAUGAGCCAGGCCGCGCAGCCAUGGCGACUAGUCGUCGGCAGGGUCGGCCGCAUCGGACAUGGAGAACUCAAGGGUUGGAGCUGGCUCCUGUCCCGCAAGCACCUGGUGCGCGCGUCGGCCACGCUGCGCGAGAUAUGCGGCAGCUGCACCGUGCUGUACCCGGGCGGCGUGCCCUGCAUCCUGUCGGCCUGCCUCGUGUCCACGGAGCCCGACUCCUGCCUGCGCCUCAUGGCCGACCGCUUCACGCCCGACGAGCGCUUCUCGCAGGCCUCCAUCCAGUCGCACCUGCACACGCCGCGCGACGUCACCGCCACGCACAUACUCGUCUUCCCCACCUCCGCCACCACGCAGUCAAACCAGAUGCCUUUCGAGCCACCCAUGGCAAACGGCGAGGACAGCGAUAUGAUGUUCUUAAACGUGGACAUGGGUGAUGAGGAUAUGGGGGAAGACAACAUGACGGACCUGUUGAUCGGCGACAUGUUCAACAACAUGUGGGCCGCCGGCAGUCCGCGGCGCACCGACGACGACCCCGCCGGCAGCCCGCAGGCACAUCAUCAUCACCAAGCUGCCUUCCAUCACCAGGACGACAACACCACGGAGGCGGUGGGCGCGCUGCUGCAGCAGCCGCUGGCGCUGGGCUACAUGGUGUCGACGGCGCCGCUGGGCGCCAUGCCGGCGUGGUGGUGGGCGGGCUGCGCGCACCUGCGCGACGCCUGCCCCGCCUUCCUCAAGACGGCGCUGCACCUGCACGCCGGCUCGCUGCAGGCCGCCGACGACUACACGUCGCUCACGCAGCGCCGCGACCACAACACGCACCCGCUGGACUCGCAGACCACCACCGACGUGCUCAGAUACGUGCUGGAGGGCUACAACGCGCUGUCGUGGCUGGCGCUGGACGGCAGCACGCACGACCGCCUGUCGUGCCUGCCGCUGCACGUGCAGGUGCUGAUGCAGCUGUACCAUACCGCGGCGGCGCUGGGCUAGGCCGGCACUGGCCGGCACAGACCGGCACUGCGCGCAGGCUACAUGUGUUCCUCGUACAGCGCCGACGUGCAGUGCGGUGUUAUUGUGUCGUGAUUGUGAUGAAACUCAAAAUCCUCAGUGACAAGUGUAGUGAUUGUGAAGCAACGGAUCUGAAUGAAAACUGGAAUUACUUAAAAUAAUAUAGUAUUGUGCAGGAAGCCUUAAAAAUAAUUCUGUCAAACCAAUUAUAGAUUGCACAUGUUAAAAAGGCACUACAUGUUUCAUACCGAUGUGAUAUGAUCAUGCCUGACUAAAUACUAGUUAUUCAAGUAAAUUGUUGGAGUUGGUAUUGGAAUGGUAUUUGUAGUGGGCAAAUGGGUAAUAUUUAUUGUAUAAAAGACAUCAUUGAAAACUAUAACACUUGACAUAAUAUAUCUUAUAAAAUAAGCAAGCAAGUGCUAAUUUAUUUUUAAUUUUUCUUAAUUAUUUAAAGAAACAACGCUCCACACUAAGAUUUUCUUAUGCGUCAUGUCGUAAUAAAAUAUUUUAAAAAACAUUAUUAUAAUAAAUUGACGUGCAUGUCUGUCUCAGACAUGUUAAAAGCUGCAAAUAAAUCAAUAUCUUACUAUGAUUAUGUAUUGUAAUACUACCCAUCUGCUACUACAUGUUAAGUAAGGUAAAUGACUAAAAGGCAGCGUAUAUGUAGACUUGUAGUUGAUGACAGUACUUAGAUAAAUUAACUAGUAGGGAGUGUAAGUCAAGGGCCUCGUUACGGUAUGUUAUUGUUGUCAAGUGUUGGUGUGUCGCCUACAUCUUGUAGGGGACCGUGUUAAUGUGGGGUAUCUACUAUGUUUAGUUACAAUACACAGAAGUAACAUGUUUUAUCAAUAAUUUCACCUUAUUCUCUCAUACUUCUUAUUUAUUAACAUUAUUCUAAAAAAGCUCUUAUAUGCUUAUCUAAAGCAAAUAUGAGGUAGGACAAAAUCUUGAUUUUAUUUUAUUACACUUAAACUUAUUGUUAGAACAAGUUACUGAACUAAUAUGUGUUCCUUCCUAAACAAAGUAAAUAUUUCCACGAACAGAGUUCUAAAAUGAAAUAUCAAAAGUGUUAUAAAUUAAUUACUAGGAAAAUUUUUAAAAGCAAGCUAGUUAAGCCGGGAAUUAGAAUUUAUAAGUUCGAUCACAAAAUAUGGUCCAAUUUGGCAUGUAAACAGUUUUACAUAUUGUAUACAUUUAUGUAUCAUUCAUUCUCGUCAAAAGGCAUUUUAUUCUUAUUUUAUUUAUCACCAAAAAAAGCGAAUAGUUGAAUAUUUUAAAAAACUUGUUGACUUUGGCCAACGAUUGCCAGACACUUACAAGUAAACCAAAAAAAAAAAAA